AUGAAGUCUUCCGUUGCUCUCCCUCUGGCGGCAGCCCUAUUUGCUUCCUCUGCUCUUGCAUGGCUUCCCUCCUGCACUUUCACUGACUGUCUGGGAUCUUGGGAUGGCACGUCUUGCGACUCCUCCAGUGGUUGGGACUGCGUUUGCUCCAACCAAACCGCCAUCUCUCAAUUGAACACCUGCGUUGCGACCUCAUGCACAAACCAAACUGAUCAAGAGGCCAUCUAUGGUGCAGUUGCACAGCUUUGCGCAAACGCCGGUGUCACCGUCACCAACUCCCAACAAGCCACAUUCAGUGCUACAUCAGGUGGCUCUGCCUGGCCCUCUCAAAUCACCGCCGGUCCCGGCGCCGGCCCUGGCGGCAACUGGGACUCGUCCCAAUGGUCAAGCUGGGUCUCCGCCUGCUCAACUGGUCUUCCCGGUGCUCCCAGCGGCUGGGGUGGCUCCGGCCCAUGGGGUGGCCCAGGUAACUGGGGUGGUCAUGGAGGUCCCGGCGGCCCAGGUGGCCCAGGUGGCCCAGGUGGUUUCGGGCCAUGGGGAACCAAAGCCAACGGCAUCAACUGCGAUCAAUGGACAACCUGGACUGCUGGAUGGGGCCCCUUCUCUUCGUGGACUGGCACAUGGUCUGGCUGCAGCUCAACCACCGCCGCUCCUGUUCCUGCCACCAUCACCACCACCGUCACCACUGGUGGCUCGACUCAAGUUCUCACCGGUACCACUUUCGGUAUCCAGGCUGUCGCUGCUGCCACAACCACCGGCAGCUCUGGCAACAGUGCUCCAUCAAUUCGCGGUCUCGGUGCCUGCGGUGCUUUGAUCGCUGCUAUCUUCGCGACUAUGGUUGCGUUGUAA